CUUCAACUUGGGAAGGAGGCCAGGCUGGGGAAUGGUAUAAAGGACACCUCGGCCCCUGCUCAGCUCAGCACUCCACUAGAAGCCUCUCCGGCUGGUCCCACUGUGAGUCUGGUUGACCGAAAGCAGCUUCCAAGAUGUCCCAGCAAAACACUCUGCCAGUGAUUCUGCCCCCUGCCCUCUCUCAGGAGUCCCUCAAGCCUGCUUCUCCUCCCACCAAUACCCAGCAGGAGCAAGUGAAGCAGCCAACUCCACUGCCUGCCCCAUGCCAGAAGGUACACUCGGAUCUCCCAGGGGAGGUCCCCUUGGAGCUCGGGGAGAAACACACAAUUGUGAAAGGGGUGCCUGGGCAAAAGUGUGAACCACAGCAACCAGAGCCAGAGCAGCAAGAACAGCAUGUGAAGCAGCAGCAGCAGGAGUCACAGGUGCAGGAACAGCAUGUGGAACAGCAGCAGCAAGAGUCACAGGUGCAGGAAGUGCAUGUGAAGCAGCAGCAGCAAGAGUCACAGGUGCAGGAAGUGCAUGUGGAGUUGCAGCAGCAAGAGUCACAGGUGCAGGAACAGCAUGUGAAGCAGCAACAACAAGAGUCACAGGUGCCAGAAGUUCAUGUGGAGCAGCAACUGCAAGAGUCACAGGUACAGGAAGUGCAUGUGGAGCAGCAGCAGCAAGAGUCUCAGGUGCUGGAAGAGCAUGUGCAGCAGCAGCAGCAGGAGUCACAGGUGCUGGAAGAGCAUGUGCAGCAGCAACAAGAGUCACAGGUGCCAGAAGUGCAUGUGGAGUUGCAGCAAGAGUCACAGGUGCCAGAAGUGCAUGUGCAGCAGCAGCAGCAGGAGUCACAGGUGCUGGAAGAGCAUGUGCAGCAGCAACAAGAGUCACAGGUGCCAGAAGUGCAUGUGGAGUUGCAGCAAGAGUCACAGGUGCCAGAAGUGCAUGUGCAGCAGCAGCAAGAGUCACAGGUGCCAGAAGUGCAUGUGCAGCAGCAGCAAGAGUCACAGGUGCCAGAAGUGCAUGUGCAGCAGCAGCAAGAGUCACAGGUGUCAGAAGUGCAUGUGGAACUGCAGCAAGAGUCACAGGUGCCAGAAGUGCAUGUGCAGCAGCAGCAAGAGUCACAGGUGCCAGAAGUGCAUGUGCAGCAGCAGCAAGAGUCACAGGUGCCAGAAGCGCACGUGGAGCAGCAGCAAGAGUCACAGGUGCCGGAAGUGCACGUGGAGCAGCAGCAAGAGUCACAGGUGCUGGAAGAGUAUGUGGAGCUGCAGCAACAAGAGUCACAGGUGCCGGAAGUGCAUGUGGAACUGCAGCAACGAGAGUCACCAGUACAGGAAGUGCAUGUCGAAAAGCAACACCAGAAGCUACAGGAGCAGGAAGUGCAGCAGCAAAAAGAACAGCACGCGGAGCCUCAGAAAGUAGAGCACCUGGGGCUGCAGCUGGAGCAGGAGCAAACACAAACAGAGCAGCAGCUGAAAGGACAGCUGGAGCAGGAGAAGAAGGUCUUGGGCCAGCGCUUGGAUCAAGAGCCAGCUAAGAGAGAGGAGCCAAUGGGAAAGAAAGAGGGGCAGCUGCUGGAGCAGCAGCAUGGGCAGCUGAAACAGCCUGUGUGUGUCCCAGCUCCCAACCAGGUCCAAGAGACCCACCCAGGCCUGCCACUGAAGGGAAAAGCCUUGCCCUCUGAAGAAGCAGGAGGUGUAGUGCCUUCUAAACAUAAGUAACCACCUGCAGUGUCCCAGAGGCCCCCGGAAAUCCCAUACAAGUGAAGAGAGAGCCAGUGGCCUCACUUACCUUGGGCCCCCAACCUGGGUGACCCGUCUCAUCUGUGAACCUGCCUGACUCUGACUUUCUGCAUGUCUCUUUGAUAGGUCUGGGGUGGGGGAAGUUACAGCCCAGCAUCCACCCCUGAUGAGCCCAAUCCCAACCUCAGGUGGCCAGAGGAUUUACCUGAGGAGAGAGUGACUAUAGCUACUCUGACUACAUCCCCACUAUUAUAGCUGAAUCUGUGAGUGUGUACAAUAAUACAGAAUAAAUCCUGGAAGGCUUGGAAUCCUGUAUU